ACGAGCACCAGAAAGCGCAACAAUCGUACGCCAGACAUCAAUCGCUGUGCACCGUUAUCCAGCAGCAGCAGCAGCAGCUACUCCUGUAAAACCAAACCCGUGCAGAGUGUUAUAGGGGACUAAAAUAGUACAAAUUACACUGUGCAAAAAGAAGCGAAAAAAAGCGAACCUGUGUUCAUUCGAUCUUAACGUGUGUUUUGCACGAAUUUGUACGCAAAAGAAACGUGACGAAAUAAAAGCGUUUGGUGUACUUGGUGUGGAACAGUAAUUUCCCGUGAUCGUUAACAAAAGCGAAGUGAUCGUACCGGUCAGUAUGGUGAGGCUUCAUCUUGUCUGUGGCGUACUGCUGUUCGCUUUUCUUGGUUGGGCUCACGGGUUGCCGGUGAAGGAGCAGGAGCUGGAAGAGGUGCUGACCAAGCUGCAGGAGCUGAAACGAUUGAACGAUGGUCAACUAAAGCAGAUCAAUGAAGAAAAGUUGCAGCUCAGUACGUCCACCGGUCAGCGGCCAACGGGUGGAUCAUCGGGUGUUGUUGCCGGAACCGCUGGCUACAAAACGAAACGAUCACUCAACAACUCCGACAGACGGACGCUGCUUUAUAACUACUAUUCGCGAGGAUUAGCCCCAAUGUACGACAAGCGUAACUUUGACGAGAUUGAUCGGUUCGCACGGUUCAAUGGAAAGCGCAAUUUGGACUACGAGCCCUCAUACGCCGGUUCGAUGGAUCACGGUUACAAUGGACGUUUCAGCAAGCGUAACUUUGACGAAAUUGAUCGUUUCAACGCUGGCUUUAACUACCGUCUAAAUGGUGACGAAAUGGCAACGAUCGGCAAACGGAACUUUGAUGAAAUUGAUCGAUUUGGACGGUUCGCCUUCAACAAGCGAUACUUCCCGGAGGUGAACGAGCUCAGCCCCGGUAACAAUCUUAAGCACGAUCUCUCGGAAGACAUGGCCGUCAUUAAUGAGUAUUCGCAGUAAGGACGAACGACACGUGACACAUGCGUUAGUGAAGGUGAAUGGUACACGGCGAUACGACAGCAAUGAGAAUACGAAAUAUUUGCCCGCCCUUUUUGCACCAUCCCUGCUAAGCAGCACACCGAGGUACUUUUCUUAGGUUCGAACGAAAAACAAAACUAAUGGCAAAACAUGCAAUUGUAACUGAUCGUUGGAAAGACGAUCUUUCAUCCAUCUAGUAUAAGAAACCGUGCAUCCGAGCAAAUGGCUAAAUAAAAUGGAAUGAGGUUAGGAAGGUUGCUUACAGGAUGGAGUGAUCCUCUAGUAUAAUGCUUGUUUGUUGGUACGAGUUAAACCCAUUUGGGAGGGAAGAAUAUUCAUUCAAAGCAACAAAAAAAAAACAAGAAACUAGUUCACUACUUGUAAUAAAAUCUAUAACAAACAAACGAACAAAAAAAAAUGAACAAUUCUACUACUUAUAAAUACUAUCGAUGGAGUGAUACGAAAGCGGGUGGGUAAAACGUUACUUAAAAUAAGUUUGAACAUAAUGUGUAAAGAAGUAUGAACAAAGCAAAAUAAACCAAGAGAAAACUGGAAACAAAACAAAAAAGUGACAAAAAACUAAAUAACAGCAUAAAACUUGCAUAAAAUUACUGAAUAAACAAACUAUGCUCAUUAAUGUGUUUGCAGCUCUGACAUGGAA